UCAAUCAGAAGUCCAAGGCCACCGACUAUCGUUAACGUUAGCAUCUUUUCACCCAGGCGCCGAGAUUGGGCGAAUAGCGAGCAAAUACGUCCGCGUUUCUCUGCCUGCUCCCCCACCGACCUCCCUUCCUCCAUCCCCGGCGCUGACAGCAGACAAGGCCGAGGUCGUCUUAGUGCAGGCCCAGCCGCAAAGGCUCGACCUGUUUACUCCACCUCCGCGUCCUCCGACUCCACACCAGCCACCCCGGACACCUGUCCCCACCGAACCGCCAUCAGACCGACCCGAAGGAGACAAAGAACCCAAGCAUCACAUCAUCCUAACAGCCGCCAACAUGAAUCAUCAUCACACCCAGCAGCAGCAGAAAGCCGGCGAGCAGCAGCUCAGUGAGCCCGAGGACAUGGAGAUGGAGGCUGGGGACCCAGACGAUCCUCCAAGAAUUCCACAGAAUCCUGUCAUCAAUGGGAAUGUGGCUAUGGCGGAUGGCCACAACAACACAGAGGAGGACAUGGAGGAUGACACAAGCUGGCGCUCUGAAGCCACUUUCCGCUUUGUUGUGGAGCGCUUCAGCAGGCUGAGUGAGUCUGUGCUCAGCCCACCCUGUUUUGUGAGAAAUCUGCCCUGGAAGAUUAUGGUGAUGCCCCGCUUUUACCCAGAUAGACCUCACCAGAAAAGCGUUGGCUUCUUCCUUCAGUGCAAUGCUGAGUCUGACUCUACACUUGAGUUCGAAAAUGAUAUAGAGCCAAACUAUCACAGCUGCUGCACAAAUAAGUCCUGGUCAUGUCACGCUCAAGCAAUGCUCAAAAUAAUCAACUACAAAGAAGAUGAGAAAUCUUUCAGCCGUCGCAUUAGUCACUUGUUCUUCCAUAAGGAAAAUGACUGGGGCUUUUCCAACUUCAUGUCAUGGAGUGAUGUGACUGAUCCAGAGCGAGGCUUCGUUGAAGAUGAUAAGGUCACUUUUGAGGUCUACGUUCAAGCUGAUGCGCCUCACGGCGUGGCUUGGGAUUCAAAGAAACACACUGGCUAUGUGGGGUUAAAGAACCAAGGGGCCACAUGUUACAUGAACAGCUUACUACAGACUCUUUUCUUCACGAAUCAGCUGCGGCGGGCGGUUUAUAUGAUGCCCACAGAGGGCGAUGAUUCAUCUAAAAGCGUUCCCCUUGCCCUGCAGAGGGUUUUCUAUGAGCUCCAGCACAGUGAUAAGCCUGUUGGGACAAAGAAACUGACUAAGUCUUUUGGGUGGGAGACACUAGACAGUUUCAUGCAACAUGAUGUACAGGAAUUGUGCAGAGUGCUUUUGGACAAUGUGGAGAACAAGAUGAAAGGAACUUGUGUGGAAGGCACAAUUCCCAAGCUCUUCAGAGGAAAGAUGGUGUCUUACAUCCAGUGUAAGCAUGUGGAUUAUCGGUCAGAAAGAAUAGAGGACUACUACGACAUCCAGCUCAGCAUAAAAGGAAAGAAAAACAUUUUUGAGUCAUUCAAGGAUUACGUGGCAGUGGAACAGCUGGAUGGGGAUAACAAGUAUGAUGCAGGGGAACAUGGUCUACAGGAUGCAGAGAAGGGUGUGAAGUUUCUGACCUUCCCUCCUAUCUUGCACCUACAGCUCAUGAGGUUCAUGUACGACCCACAGACCGACCAAAACAUUAAGAUAAAUGACAAGUUUGAAUUCCCAGAGCAGUUACCUCUGGAUGAGUUUCUGCAAAAGCCAGACGUAAAAGAUCCGGCCAACUACAUUCUCCACGCGGUGUUAGUGCACAGCGGAGACAACCACGGGGGUCACUACGUCGUCUACCUUAAUCCUAAAGGAGACGGCAAAGUGAGUGUCACCGCACCAAUAUGGUGUAAAUUCGAUGAUGACGUCGUCUCACGGUGCACUAAAGAUGAAGCCAUCGAGUACAAUUACGGCGGACACGAUGACGACCUAUCGGUUCGUCACUGUACCAACGCGUACAUGUUGGUGUACAUCAGAGAAUCCAAGCUCAGUGAGGUUCUGCAGCCGGUCACAGACAUUGACAUCCCCCAGCAGCUGGUGGAGAGACUGCAGGAGGAAAAGAGGGUAGAGGCGCAGAAGAGAAAAGAGAGGCAGGAAGCUCAUCUUUACAUGCAAGUUCAGAUGGUGACAGAAGAUCAGUUUUGUGGACACCAGGGCAAUGACAUGUAUGAUGAAGAGAAAGUAAAAUACACAGUGUUCAAAGUUCUGAAAAGCUCCACUCUUGCUGAGUUUGUUCAGAACCUCUCACAGACUAUGGGUUUCCCACAAGACCAGAUGAGACUGUGGCCAAUGCAGGCCAGAAGCAAUGGCACUAAACGGCCGGCCAUGUUGGAUUACGAAGCCGAUUGCAACAAGUCUAUGAUCGAUUUGAGUGAUAACGAGAACCCAUGGACAAUAUUUUUGGAAACGGUAGAUCCAGAAAUGGCUGCCAGUGGUGCAACGUUACCCAAAUUCGACAAAGACCAUGACGUUAUGUUGUUCCUGAAGAUGUAUGAUCCAAAAACCAGAAGCUUAAAUUAUUGUGGGCAUAUCUACACACCUAUAUCCUGUAAAAUACGAGACUUGCUGCCCGUUAUGUGUGAAAGAGCAGGGUUUCAGCAGGGAACUAGCCUUAUCCUCUAUGAGGAAGUUAAACCGAAUUUAACAGAGCGGAUACAAGACUAUGACGUCUCCCUGGACAAAGCUCUGGAUGAGCUGAUGGAUGGAGACAUAAUUGUGUUUCAAAAGGAUGAUCCUGAAAACGAUACCAGUGAGCUGCCUACUGCGAAAGACUACUUUAGAGACCUGUACCACCGUGUGGAUGUCAUCUUCUGUGACAAGACCAUUCACAACGACCCAGGCUUUGUUGUGACACUGUCAAACCGAAUGAACUACUUCCAGGUGGCAAAGACUGUUGCACAGAGGUUAAACACUGACCCCAUGCUUCUACAGUUCUUCAAGUCACAGGGGUACAGAGAUGGCCCAGGCAACCCACUCAGGCACAACUAUGAAGGUACUCUCAGAGACCUGCUGCAGUUUUUCAAACCCCGGCAGCCUAAGAAGCUCUACUACCAGCAGCUCAAGAUGAAGAUCACAGACUUUGAGAACAGGAGGAGUUUCAAAGCCAUAUGGCUCAACAGUAUGUUUAGAGAGGAGGAGAUCACACUGUAUCCUGACAAACAUGGCUGUGUUCGAGACCUUCUGGAGGAAUGUAAAAAAGCAGUGGAGCUUUCUGACAAAGGUUCAGAGAAGCUGAGGCUGUUAGAAAUUGUCAGCUACAAAAUUAUUGGCGUUCACCAGGAAGAUGAAUUGCUAGAAUGUUUAUCUCCAGCAGCCAGUCGGACGUUCAGAAUAGAGGAAAUCCCUCUCGACCAGGUGGACCUGGAUAAGGAGAAUGAAAUGCUGAUUCCAGUUGCACAUUUCCACAAGGAAGUCUUUGGGACGUUCGGAAUUCCCUUUUUGCUUAAAAUCCGUCAGGGGGAACUCUUUAGAGAAGUGAUGAAGAGAAUUCAGAGCAUGCUUGACAUUCAGGAGAAAGAGUUUGAGAAGUUCAAGUUUGCAAUAGUGAUGAUGGGCCGGCAUCAGUAUAUCAAUGAGGAAGACUACGAAGUGAAUCUGAAAGACUUUGAGCCACAGCCAGGAAACAUGUCUCACCCGAGGCCUUGGUUAGGGCUCGACCACUUCAACAAAGCUCCAAAGAGAGGUCGCUACACGUAUCUGGAAAAGGCGAUCAAGAUUCACAACUGAUAAGCCCCCCCAGUUUAACCGACCAUACUAAAGACUUUAACCAAACCUCUUGUGUGCACCACUUUUAACACCUGCUGUCUGGGUACACAGGCACCAUGUAUGAAGUCUUCAGCAAAUGGAGUGACUGCUGAUGCUCCCGUUUUCUUUUUGAGGCUGUUCGAUUUGGCUUCUGUAACUAUUGACUGCCUAUUCUGGAAGAAUGAAUUGGAUUUUAACAUGAAAGGGGGAACAGUACGUUCUAGAUUCUUUUUUGUUUUGAUUUUUAUUUUCGUUUUGGUUUUGUUUUUCUUUUUAAUUUCGUUUUUAAAAGAAUUGUUACGGCAAGAAAGCUGCUGCAUUGAGGCUAUGGAAAGAGGAGGUUUGUCAUUCGCAGAAGACGAAUAGGAUAUCUCCAUCCGUCAGCAAAAAUCACCGCAAAUGGCUUUUGCUAGUUGCCCCGACAUGGUUUUGUCCCUUAGUGCAACUAGUCAAUUCAUGUUUACACAAUUCUUUUUCGCAUAGUUUGGUAGGAGAAGUUCAGUUUAUCUUCUCUGAAAAUCCUGUAUAAUAAUAAAAGUAAAGAGCCACAGCAUCCGUUUUAAAAAUAAAUGAAAAUUAAAUGAAUUGUCUGUACUUCAUCUUGCACGUUGGCACUUAAUAUCAAAGGUUUUACAUUUUUCGGCACUGUUAAAUGUAAACUUUGGUUGGAGUUUGAUUUGCAUAUCCUUUUUUAGUUUGGCGUUCUUCCCGAUUAAGUUUUUUUUUCCCUCUUCCCUCAGCUCCUCUGUCAUUGGCUGUGGGAUUAUUUUGAUGGGGAUGGGUGGGGUCAUUUGCUCAUGGCUCCAGAUUUCAUUGAACUGUUUGUUGGCGCGAGGCUGCAGAUGUAGUAGACUGGUUCAGGACAUAGAGAAACCAGCAUUAAUGAACCGAUACCAACUUUUUUUCUUUAAGCACAGAAGGAAUGCUCCCUAGUGCAUAGUUGGCUGUGUAAAAACCACAAUUACAAUUGUAUAUUUAAAGAAUGAACGUGUACAAUUAAAAACACAAGUUUGUUGGGUACAGAUCAAUUCAGAUGUUCAUAUUCAUUGUGUGUAGUUUUCUUUUGGAUCCUGACCGUUUCAUUUGGUCUUUUUUUCCUUAACUAAUUGCAACAGUUUGUCUUGUUUAAGUGCAGUACAAAGAUGACCUGCAGAUCACGUUUUUCUUUUUGAUUUUUUUCCAGUCUAAUUCCUCCGUGUAGCAGCAGUGUAUGACAACUCUUCCUGUAUAUUGCCUUUUUGCUGGAAAAUGUAUGUUGAAUAAAAUUUUCUAUAAAAUCUGCA